AACCAAACUUUAGUAUCGCUUCGACCCUUAGCCGAAGGACUGUGCAUACAUAUUAUAAACUUAGUGUCAUAAACGGAUGGACACUAUUAAUGUGACUUUCGCUUGACUCUGAGAAAAAGCAAAAAAAGGAUAUAUCAGAGUGUAAGAGUGAUUGAUAGAAGAUCGUGAGGAUUUUCGAUAGUACUGUCAGAAAAUAUAAGGAAGAAACAAAGAGAAUAAUCGUUUGAGAAGAUUGUUAUCAACGAUGGAGACUAAAAUGGAACCUCUUACGCCACCACACACACCACCGUCGGUGGACAGAUCGAUGCAGCAUCAUCUUCAAAUGACCUCUACAGUACCAUCGCCCCGUUGGAUCAGGUCGCAACAGAUGUCUGGUAGAUUCGUUCACCAUCAUCAUCAACAACAACAACAACAACAACAACAACAACAACAGCAACAACAGCAAGCACAACACGUGCAGUCGACUCAACAAAAUAUCGGUGGUUAUCAAGCAACCACUUUUUUGGACAAUUGGCUGAGAGGUGCAGCUCUGUUAGCUGUUAGAGGAUGUUGUCCGCAAACCUCGCCCCAUUAUCAUCAUCAUCACCAUCAUCAUCAUCAUCCUCAUCAACAACAACAUCAACAUCAUCAUCAAUCUCAUCAAGCUUUACAUCCACCACUUCCGGUACAACCACCGGCACCCUUCCUCACGCGAAAAUUGCCUGGACAACGACCGAAAAAACAAUUCAUUUGUAAAUUUUGUAAUCGACAAUUUACCAAGAGUUAUAAUUUAUUGAUACAUGAACGUACGCAUACGGACGAGAGACCGUACUCGUGCGAUAUUUGCGGAAAGGCAUUUCGUAGACAGGAUCAUCUUAGGGAUCAUCGAUAUAUACACAGCAAGGAGAAACCAUUCAAAUGUGCGGAAUGCGGAAAAGGAUUUUGUCAGAGCAGAACACUAGCGGUUCACAAGAUUCUACAUAUGGAGGAAUCGCCCCACAAAUGCCCGGUCUGUGGGAAAAGUUUCAAUCAGAAGAGCAAUCUGAAGACACAUCUGUUGACUCACACUGACGUUCCUCAGGAUCUUAGGAUCGAGAGCACCGUCUUUGGAGAUUCGAGAGUAACGAGUUCAACGACGACGGUUAGACAAAUGGCCGAAAGAAUAGGAACACUUAGAUCAAAUCAAAGGAGCAGUACAGCCCCACCAAAACUUGGAUUUAGUAUAGAAGAUAUAAUGAGACGUUAAAAUACAUACGUACAUUAUAAUUCGUUAGAUAAUUACGUAUCUCUUGCUUCUUUUUUCUCUACGUUGUUGAAGAGAUCAAACUUGUUUAUAAAUUCGGUGUUCUUUCUUUUUUUUUCUUUUGUUAUUGGAUUCAUUAGAUGGAUUGAAUUUGAUAUAUACAUGCGUAUGAAGAAAAAAGUAUCACGUUGUACUCGUCGUCGUUUGUAAAUAGAUUCUUAAUCGUAUAGGUAAAACGUAUUCUGCGUUCGUUCUUGUCUUGAACGUACAACUGAGUAGGAGAGGGGAUAAAUAUUAUAUAUGAAUAAUAAUCAUAUAUAAGCAAGACAGUAUUAAUUGACAGACUAAAGAUAUUAGAGAAUCGAUACGAUUUAUAAAAUUCGAUUAGUUUAGCGAAAUCGAAAUGUUUAUUCGUAGUAUUAUUAAUUCUCGAUAUAUAUAUAUA